AUGGGGCUAAGUUUCAGAAACCUCCCUUUCAUUCUGAUUGCGACUAACGAAUACUGCUCAUUGAAAAAGAAAUACUUCUGCAACAAUAAAGUUGUGAUCCUUUCCAAACUAGAACAAGCCUUCAAUGACUGCAUUGAUGAGGAAGAUGUCAUCAAGCUUGGGUUUCUAUAUUUUGUUGUUUUUGUUCUGUUAGAUUACCAUCAAGUAAAAGUGCCCAAAAAAACUACAAAAACAAAAACAUCUAAAAAGAAAUCAAAGACAACGGUAAGUGGUAGACCAAGAGAGUACCACAUAAAAGGUUUUGGCUUUGCACUUCAGAUUUGGGCUUUUGAGGUGUUUCCAGCGUUGGCUAUUUGGGCUUUUGAGGUGUUUCCAGCGUUGGCUGCACUGCAUUUUGUUGUGCACGAAGAGUAUGGCACAUCCCCCGUUGAUGUGCAACUUCUCUGGCCUACUCUAGUUGAGAAGCAACAACCUUAUUGGACUUGGGGUAACAAUGAUGAAAACAAUGAAUAA